UAAUAAUAGUAAGGAAUGAUUAAAGAAAAUUUAGUGAUUUUGUGCAGCUAUUUGAUUCUGUGUUGUGAAUGUCGUACAUCUGAAAAAUUAAAAAUUACCUUGUCUAAUGGCAGUAGACUUCUCGGGCGUUAUUUGACAUCAGACAGUGGUCGAGGUAUGAGAGCUUUUAUGGGAAUUCCUUAUGCUGAGAAACCAAUUGGUGAAUUAAGAUGGAAAGCACCUCAGCCAAAGAAACCAUGGCCAGAGUUAAAAAAAGCUUACAAAGAUGGACCUGUUUGCGUCCAAAGAGAUCCUUUUCAACGUUACUUUCCUAUAGUUGGAGAUGAAGAUUGUCUAUACUUAAAUGUCUAUACUCCAGAAGAAAUUAAAAAUCCAAUCCCAGUUAUGGUCUUUUUUCAUGGAGGUGGUUUGAUGUGUGGAUCAGGAACUAAAGUUUAUUAUGGACCAGAUUACUUGCUUGAUCAUGAUGUAAUAUUUGUUGGUGUAAAUUAUCGACUAGGACCGCUAGGAUUCUUGUCAACUGGAGACGACAAUUGUCCUGGAAAUUUUGGUUUUAAAGAUCAGGUUGAAGCUUUAAGAUGGGUAAAUAGGAAUAUUGCAUUAUUUGGCGGGAAUCCAAACUUAGUAACAAUUUUCGGUGAAAGUGCUGGAGGCGCAUCUAUAACAUACCAUAUGCAAUCAAAGAUGUCAAAAGGACUCUUUCAUCGUGGAAUAGCACAAUCUGGAACUAAUUUAGCACCGUGGGGUGCUGUUGCUCAUAGUGGAGUUGCUGAGGAGAGAGCUCAAGAGUUGGGAAGAAUGUUAAACUGUUCACAUAAAGAUUAUGGAAAUGAUUAUGCAAAAAUGCUUAGUUGCUUGCGAAAAAUUGAUAGCUAUACUAUUACUGAUUCAUUUGCUCAAUUCUGGGAAUGGGACACUGAUCCAAUGGUUCCAUUUCCACCUGUUGUAGAAAAAGCUAGCGAAGCAGCUUUUAUAACUGAAAAUCCUCGCUUUAUAGAGAAUCGUCAUGGCGAUAAUAUUCCAUUCAUGACUGGAAUAACUUCUGAAGAAGGACUUCUCAAAACCAGUGCAAUUUUUAAUAACAGGACAUUAGCACAGAGUCUUGUAGAUGAAUGGAAUGAUGCUUUACCUAUUUCACUUUACUAUAAUCAUUAUUAUAAGGAUCAGCAAGCCAACAUCACAAAAGAAAUUGAGAAAUUCUACUUUAAUGGCAGACGAUUAAAAUCUGUAGAGGAAGUAUUACAACCACAAAAUAUGGAAGGCUUAACAAAUAUGUGGUCUGAUUCCUGGUUCUUUCACGCAAUGGUUGACUAUUUGAAGAAACGAUUUGCCAUUAAAAAUGCAGCUCCUACUUAUGUCUAUCUGCUUUCACAUAAAGGAGCUUCAAGUUUUACUGAAGUUUUUAAAGGUGGAACUGAGAACUUUUAUGGAACAGUUCAUGCAGAAGAGCUGCAAUAUUUGUUUCCAAUUAGGAAAGAUUUUCAUUAUUUCUUUUCAUCAAUACCAACAGAACAAGACAAGAAGAUGACAAAGUUGAUGACUAAACUUUGGGUUAACUUUGCUUACAAUGGAAACCCAACACCAGAAGAUAACGAAAUCAAACAAAACAAAGAUGAAGACAAAAGUAAACUAGUGAAAGAAGUCGAAAUGGAUAUAAAAAAGGAAAAUUGGAAACCAGCUUACACAUUUCCUUUAGAUUUUAUGAACAUUGGGAAUGAAAUGAAUGAAAAAAAUGAAAACUUAUUGUCUAUGGGACUUAGGUUGUAUCCAGAACGAGCGAAAUUCUGGAAUAAAUUGCAGGCACAUAUGCCAUCGAAAGAUGAAGCACUUUGAGGAGUCUGAAAAUCAUUGAAAUUAAUUAAUAAAAUUAAAAACACAAAAUAAUUCAAAUUUGAAAUUUUUUAUUGGCUUUUUUUCCAAUCUUAAUUCCUAUAAAUUUUCUACAUUUCUAUUUUAAAUAGAAAAAGUUUUUUUUUAAAGUUUUUCAGAUUCCCUCAAACAUUUCAACUCCGUAUAAGUUUGAGAAUCUCUGUUAUACAUAAGUAAGGUUGGAUUAAAAAUUCUAUUCUAUUAUUUUCUUCAUUUUAAUCUAAUCUCUCAAAAAUGAGUUUUUAAAUUUGAGUACUUUUUAUUGAUUUUUUCACAAAAAAAUUGACUAUAUUCGAACAUCAUUUUUAAUUAUUAUUAUACUGGAUCUAACAACCCAAUUGCCCUUUAUUAUGGAUUUAUUUUUUCAUUUAAAUUAUUUACAGCAAAUUAAAAGAAAAAUUGUCACUUAUGGACUAAGACAAAAAAAAAAUAUUUUAUGGCUACUGAAUUGCAAUUAACUUUAUUAUGUUCACUUACUGCUUUGUACAAAAAAAUAAUCAAAUGGUUUUUUAAGGGUCGUUCACAAGUGACGUCUUCAGUUUAAGGGGGAGGAGGGGGUGGGGACUCAAUUAAUCAAUUGAUUCUUUAACUUGAAGGAUUUAAUAACCUAAAAAAUUUAAUUUCAAAAAAGACAUCACUGAUAAACAACCCCACUUUAUGGCCGUUCUGUGUCAAAUGGCACACAAUUUACGAGGAAUUUUCAUCACUUCCGUUAUCGUUUAAUAUCAAUAUAUUAUUAUCAUUUGACAUGUCAUUUGGAGCAUAGUCAUCAAGUGACAUACCUGGACGAAUUCUAUGAUUAUGAAAUGAUAAUUGAUUACGACUUAAGACAGCCAUUGAGCAUUCGAGACAAUGGUAAUGAGUUUGUUUUAAAGUAUACAUGCACUCGCCAUCGGGACUACAUGGAUCGGGAAUAUUGCAGUGUUCAUUAUUGGAAUAUUUUCGGAAACCCGCCUUAUUUAUGUACUCUUGCUUGCUGUGUUGUCGCCGAUGUGCGACGACUUUGUUUGUGUCCGAACAAAUGUAAUUGCACUUGAGACAAUGAAAAUGUGAGGAUUUAUUGUGUGGACCUAAAUUCUUAUUGUACGCACAAUUUGAAUAUCCGCAAUGCAUAUUCGCACGGAACUGCUUAAAGUCAUCGCCCAUCAGUUUAUCAAGACGCUCAUGACGUGCUGUAUGUUGCACGAAACGAGUCUUAUCGCAGAAUGAAUAGAAACAAUCUUUACGACAGCAAUGGAAAUGCGAUUGAUGGUUGCGGUAGCCGCAAUUUGGGAAAUUACAAUCUUGAUUAAAUCUAAAUUUCAAAUAUCCAGUUGGAACUGAAUCGUCCUUGUAAGAUUUCUUUUGAUAUUCUUUUGGACGUUCAGAAAUUUUUGAUUUCUUCUGAAGAUUUUGCAUUUCAUCAAAUUGCUCCAAUUUUCGCUUUUGUGCAAGUAAGGAUGACUUCAUAUUUGGCAAUGAAAGACCGAAAUCGAACCCUCCAGCACCGGCAAGAGCAGGAAAUGGGAAUUGCAUUAAUGGCAUUUGUUGUUCCAUCCCUAAACCAGGAAUAGAUUGAUUUCCAAUAAAUGGAUAUAAACUUUGAUAGUAAAGGGAAUUUUGCUGAUAAAGCUGUGCUAAAUUUGCGAGUUGGAGGUUCUGUAAUGACAAAUUGUCCAUUACACCAGCUGCAGAUGCAGCAUUUGAAUGUGGAAGUGGAAACAUUAAGUUUUGAAGAACGCUUUGAUUUGGAAGUGCAUUUUUACUUAAAUCAUGUGGUUCCGGUUCUUCCUUCUUGAUGUGGGAACUAGAAGAUGAUUGCUGAUCAUUUUUAUCACUUUCUGAGUCUUCAAACAUUCCACCAAGCUUCGUUUGUUGAUGUUUGAGGUAAUGGAUUUUCAAUUUCAUGGCAUCAGUGAAUCCUUGAUUGCAUAAAUCACAGUGUUCAUGUUUCUUGCGCUUCAACUUACAGAAUGGUCGAUCACAUGUUGAAUCAUCAUCAUUAUAUGACUGAUUAUGUUUAUUAUCAGUCGGUGAUGACAUUGAGGAGGAUUUUGAGGGAGAUUCGUAGUCUGAGUUUGUGUUUUGUGGAAUCCAAGUACCAGCUGCACGAACA